CAGUUCAAACACUUUGUCUUUGUCUUGUAAACGUACACUUAUGUUUAUAGAAUAAUCAAUGAAUGUAUGAUUUACGGCCUUCCCUCAGAUGUCUGUGUCCAGAAGCAACAGCCAGGUCAUUUACAUUAUCUGUUUUAAUUUGAAAGGCUUCCCAUCUUUCUGCGUCAUUUCCGCUCUCAUCUCGUCCAUGAUCGUUUUAUUUUGACAUCCCCACCGGAAGUUCCGUACAUGUGUGUUCCGUUAGCUUGACGCCGGUCCACGGUGAUCACAGAGGCACCGAUUCCUCUGCAAAUCCCGCAAGAUUCGGCCGUUUCCAGCCGGUAAACCGCCAAUAAUGAGAGAGAAUAGGAUUUAACGGAGACUAGCGGACCCACGGGGAGUGACACAGGUGUUUGUAAACAGUCAUGCUCACUCGCCCGCUGACCCUGAACGAGAGCGAUGACAGGGGGCGUGGCCUAUCAACAAUGACCCCGCCCCCUGCUCAAACAUUGGCUGAUGAAGGUGAUGACGAAGACACGCAAACAGAAGUUUUCUCUCCUGUUGCUCCUCCAUGGAGCUCCUCAUCCUCCUCUUCCUCCUCACCUUCCUCUCCUCCUCCUCUUCCUCUCUUUGCCCUCUCUACCUCUUCUGCUCCUUCUCUGACUCCUCACCCCUCCUUCCUCUCCUCUCCUUCAUCUUUUACUCCUCUUCCUUCUUUCUCAUCUACACAUUUUCCCACUUCUCCUCCAUCUUCUGUCUCUCCUUCUCUUCUUUCCUCUGCUCCUUCCACUCAUCCUCAUCCUUCGUCUUCCCCCUUUUUACCUCCUCCUCCUUUGGCACCUUUCACCUUUCAUCCUCCUCCUCUUUAUUCUUCCUCCUCCUCUACUCCGCCUGCUCCUUCUGUUUCUCCUCCUCCCUCCCAUUUGUCUUCUCUUUCUUCAUUCCUCCAUCCUUCACCUCCUUCUUUGAUGUCUCCUCAGGUUGUCUGUACUCCAUCUGCUUCUGUCUCUUCUUCUCCAUUACCUCCUUCUUGUCCUCAUCGUUCUCCUCCUUCUGCUCCUCUUCACCACUCUUCUUCUUCUCAUGUUUCUCCUCCUCCUGUCCUUUUUACUCAUCAUACUUCUGCCAUUUGUUCUCCUCUGUCUUCCUCUCCUCCUGUCCCUCCAUCCCUCCUUUCUUGUCCUUCUUCUUCUCCUCCUUCAGUUUCUCCUCUUCAUCCUUCUCCUCCUCCUCUUCCUGUCCCUUCAUCCCUCAUUUUGCUUCCUUCUUCUCCCCCUCCAGUAUAUUCUCAUCCUCCUCUUUCUGCUCCAGUUUCUCCUCUUCAUCCUCCUCCUCCUCCUCCUCCUCCUCCUGUAGCUCCUCCUCCCUGCUGCCCUUGCUCCUCCCUCCUGCCUCGCAUCCUCUCAGCUCACCGGUCGGAGGUGCGGCGCCUCCUGCGUGGAGCUCUGGCCUCCAUCGGCCGUCGCCUGGACUCUCUGGAGAGGAGCAGCAGGGUGAAGAGGAGGAAGAAGAGGAGCGGGCAGAAAGGAGAAGGGGGAGGAGCAGCCUGUUCUCCUGGUUUGGGAGCAUUUAGCCCCGCCCCCAUGUGUAGCCCCGCCCACCGCCCACCUGUUACCACCACCCCUUCAUCAUCAUCUUCAUCAGACAGCGAGGACUCACCCACACCUCCUCUCUCCUCUAGUUUGAGCCUGUCAGAACAGCGGAGGAGGAGCAGAAGUGAGGACGAGGAAGAGGAGAAGAAGGAGGAGGAGGAGAGGUUAAGGAACAGGAGGAAGAACCACAGAGGAAGAGACAUUAGUAUUUUUCCAGAAAACAGAGAAGAAGAUGAAGAGGAUGAGGAGGAAGCUGGGAGAUUUGUGGGUCGGAUGGCGGUCUCCUUUAGAGAAGGAGCAGGUGAGGAGGCGCUGCUCGUUCUGCACAGAUUCAACCACAGGAAGCACAGAAGAAGAGAAGUGGAAGGAGGCAGCCAAUCAGAGAAAGCCGUCAGUGUCGUCAGGCAGAAUGGAUACAGAGCGCCACUACUCAGCUCCUCUUCCCAGCAUGCAUUGCACCUCCUGCAGUCGGCCCCGAGUGGUCGGACCUGCAGCCAAUCAGAAACACUCCGUGUGUCUACAGGCCAAUGGCGUUUCUCUGACAUAAUCUCUCCGCCCUCCCUCUCCUCCAAUCACGGUGCUUUCCACAUAUGGCACCUUAGUUCCUCCUCCUCCUCCUUUAACCCCGCCCCCAUGCUGCGGCUGUCAGCGGUUGCCGUGGAGACAAUGUCGGAGUCUGUGAGGGGCGGAGCUAUUAGGAGUCCCCUGCGGAGCCUGAAGGACUUGACGGCCCCGCCCAGUCUGAGCAGCGACCACUGUUACAUGCGAGCGCCUACACCAAGCCCAACUUUCUCUGCCCGGCGACAGCAGAAGCAGCGGGCCAAUCACAGCACCCGCAGCCUCCCCCGGCGACGGCCCCUGCCCCUCCCCCUGUGUUCAGCCAAUGGGCUGUCUGCUGCUCCGCUUCCUGUCGGCCAAUCAGAAGUGGCCUCGGAGUUCCUCAGCAUUAAUGGAGAGCGUUGUAAACGAGUGUCACAGAUAAGAAUCCGGCGUGCAUCGCCACGGGAAACGCUGCUCACUCCGAUGGGACUACCAAAGGUCAAAAGGUUAAAGAAGAAAGAGUUCAGUCUGGAGGAGAUUUACACCAACAAGAACUACAAAUCCCCCACCACAAACAGGAGUCUGGAGACAAUCUUCGAGGAGCCGCGGGAGAAAGACGGCGCGCUGCUCCUGAUUGGCCAGCAGAGGAGGCGCAGGCUCCUCCUCUUUCCUGACUUCACUCAACCCAGGAAGAGGAAGAGGCCGCAAGGGGCGGGACUUCCUGUUGCCAUGUUGCCCCGGAAACGGAUGGCAGCUCGGCGGCAUUGCCAUGGCAACGGCCCUGACGAUGACGACGCGGACCUGGACGUGAUGCUGGUGGAGCGACUGAGCGCGCUCGAAGACUUCCUGACACGGCAGGGCCUGGACGUGUGAGCUGUGACGUAACUUCCUGUCAGCUGACCAAAGGCCAAAUAAACUGAGCUGCUAGCGCACCUGCUACUGCUGCGUUACCGUGGUAACGCCAUCAGCAAGUCAGUCUGGUGUAGUGGGUUUUUACUUCUUUUUUUUUUGCGGUGUACUUUAUUUCUUUCGUUUGUAUUUGAUUUUUUUUUUUUUUUACAGUGUAGGCUGAUUAAAUGUGAAUUUUCUGAAAUAUUUAAUAUUUUUACUAGUUUUUUUAACAGAUGACCUGUCAGGAGGCCACGCCCACAGCGGGGCACAGCUGGCUUUAUGUUUAUUUUAAAAAUUUUGGUGUUUCAUGAAAUAUAAAAAGACUUCACUGCAGUACUUUGUGGUACUCUGUGAUACUGUGAGUACUCUGUAGUACUGGUGGUGAAGUAUUUGGAGUUUUUAAAGCGUAAUAUAUAUAUUUCUGCUGAAAAUGUGUCUAUUUUUGGAACAAAUAAAGUUUGUUUCUGCUCACUGAAGUUUGUCAAUUUAUUAGUGAUCAGAGUCAUUGAUCAAUGAUUGAUCAUCUUCCGUCUAUCGCUCCUCAGUGAAAUAAUUUGUCAACAAAUAUAAUGAAUGGAACAUUAUUUAAAAGUUGU